CGUCAACCAUCUUUCCCGAAAAGAGAGCCCCCCCGACCGUCUGCCUUUGAAAGUCGUCCUCCGCCGGCCGCCCCUCCCCGCGAUAAACCCUCUCCACUCCUCAUCGACUCAAUUUCUCCCAAAGAGAAAUCGAACCAACCCGGAUCACCAAGAUGCUUUCCUCCACGAGGACAGCGGCCUCAUUGGCCCUGCGAGCGAAGCCCACCGCGUCCAUCACCCCCUUCAGAAUCGCCGCCGCCUCGAUCUCCUCCUCGUCACGAAAGGACGCCAGCACCGCCGCUGCGCACUCGACCGGCCUCAUCAAGAAGGAGCGCAAGGAAGUGCCCCUGGUUAGCCAGGAGGGCACCAAGGGUGUUUUGCAAUAUGCUCUCACCUCCCUCGACGUAAUAACGAACUGGGCCCGUCAGUCCUCCCUCUGGCCCAUGACCUUCGGUCUCGCCUGCUGCGCCGUCGAGAUGAUGCACCUCUCCACCCCCCGCUACGAUCAGGAUCGUCUCGGAAUCAUUUUCCGUGCCUCCCCCCGCCAGUCCGACGUGAUGAUCGUCGCCGGCACCCUCACCAACAAGAUGGCCCCCGCCCUGCGCCAGGUCUAUGACCAGAUGCCCGAGCCCCGCUGGGUCAUCUCCAUGGGCUCCUGCGCCAACGGCGGUGGCUACUACCACUACUCGUACUCCGUCGUCCGCGGCUGCGACCGCGUCGUCCCCGUCGACGUCUACGUCCCCGGCUGCCCCCCGACCUCCGAGGCCCUCAUGUACGGCAUCUUCCAGCUCCAGCGCAAGAUGCGCAACACCAAGAUCACCCGCAUGUGGUACCGCAAGUAGAUUCGUUGUUUUGUUGCAAAACUUCUCUGUGUUUUGGAACGUUGGGAAAAACGAGAGAACGGAGAACGGAUUGAAAACGAGUCAGGGAGAAUAUCGAGACGGCGUGGCCAAAGGUGGGCGGUAUUUGUUCGGGGGACCGCACAUCAAGUAAAAGAGAGGCAAUUGGCGGUCCAGUAGAGGAGGAAAAUGCCCAGGCCCGAGAGAAGAGAUUGAGGUACACCAGGCACGUUGGGGCCCUUUCAUAACGGCAAGGCUUGGGCACCAUUUUUUCUUUUGUAUGCGGUUGCGUGCGUGGGCGUGGCUAUGUACAUAUGCGGAGGUUUUCAUCCGCAAACGAUCGCGGUCGUGUAGAUUACAAGUUCUGCCAUCAUUUCAAAAACC